UCUAGCAGUUACCUCCACAACAUGGAACCAGAGAAUGAUACACUUAUUUCAGAUUUUCUUCUCCUGGGCUUGAUAGAGGACCCAGAGCUUCAGCCUUUGAUAUUUGGUAUCUUCCUCUCCAUGUACAUGCUCACUGUGUUGGGAAACCUUCUCCUCAUCCUGGCUGUCAGCUCAGACUCUCACCUCCAUACCCCCAUGUACUUCUUCCUCUCCAACCUGUCCUUGGUGGACAUCUGCCUCACCUCCACCACCAUCCCCAAUAUGCUGCACGACAUCUGGACACAGAACAAAGCCAUCACCUACUCGGGCUGCAUCAUCCAGAUGUACUUUUUCACACUCUUUGUAGGACUGGAUAACUUCCUGCUGACUGUGAUGGCCUAUGACCGCUAUGUGGCCAUCUGUCACCCACUACACUACAUGGUCACCAUGAAUCCCCAGCUCUGUGGACUGCUGGUUCUUGGGUCCUGGCUCAUAAGUGUCCUGAAUUCUCUGUUGGAAAGCUUACUGGUGUGGCAACUGUCUUUUUGUACAGACCUGAAAAUCCCCCAUUUUUUUUGUGAACUCAAGCAGGUGGUCCAUCUUGCCUGUUCUGAUACUUUUGCCAUUGACUUGGUGAUGGUUUGCUCGGCAGGGCUGCUGGCUGGUGGUCCUCUGUCUGGGAUCCUCUACUCUUAUUCCAAGAUUAUAUCCUCCAUCAAUAGAAUCUCUUCAGCUCAGGGGAAGUAUAAAGCCUUUUCCACCUGUGCCUCUCACCUCUCUGUGGUCUCAUUAUUUUAUUCCACAGCCCUAGGAGUUUAUCUGGGUUCUUCUGGUACCCAGAGCUCACACUCAAGUACAGUAGCCUCAGUGAUGUACACUAUGGUCACUCCCAUGCUGAAUCCCUUCAUCUACAGCCUCAGGAAUAAAGACAUCAAGAGGGCUCUGAGAAGACUCUUUGUAAAAACACAUAAAGACCAAUAG